UCAGCUGUCAUCGUAAGUACUCGGUCCCUUAGUUAAACAUAAUGCAGAGCGAUUAUGAAGAGACAGAAGCACUUUGUUUUUCUAGCAGUUUUAUUGUGUGACUUUAUUUGUAUGCCUUUCACAGAUGGAGUAUGCAAUCGAGAUCCGUUCAGAUGUUGUGUAAACCACUAUCAAGUCAACUUGACCUGUGUUCAAUGCCCACUUGGAACUUAUGGUAUUAAUUGUUCAGAAAAUUGUCCAGAGAAUUAUUAUGGCAAGAAUUGUGCGAAGAAAUGCAAUUGUAGCGAUAGUCACAUUUGUGAUAUCGUAAAUGGAUGUACGCUAGUGAAUACAGUGUCAGAUUAUGGACUGGAAAUGGAUCCUGAUGAUGAUGAUGAUGGUAUACAACCAGGUGUGUUGGCCUCGGUGAUGAUUUCUUUAAUUGUCUGUUUGACAAGCAUAAUCGCUGUUUCUGUUUUCCUUUAUAAAAGAAGAAAUAUCUUCAGGAUAAAUAAUAAACACACAAGCAGACAACUGGCGAAGCCGUAUGUCAUUAAAGAUCUAACUACUUUAAAUGACAGCCCUAAUGAAAAGGACGAUGCAAUGUAUUCAGAAGUUAUAAGAGAUAUAAAUAAGAAACAACAUCAAAGUCAUCAGCACAACCAAGGAACUGUUUCUACCGGCAACAUUUAUAGUACCCAUAUCAUUCUAGAUUCUGCGUAUGACAAACUUCAAUUUCAUCCAACAACAGAGACAAUAUUGAGAGAAAAUGAACUUUAUGGUGCAAACAUUUGAAAAAUUAAUAAAUUAAAAAAAAUAUAUGUUU